AUGUCUAUAGUCAUAUGUUUUCAAGAGCAGAAGGAGAUGAUUCGCAAACGGCUGUCAAAAUGUGUCUUGGGUUUGGUUGUCGUAAACUGUUGUUUCUAUUUCAUUGUUUUUUACUUAAAGUUCGACCCGUUCUCUUUCGGCGAAGGAGAUCUUCCAUUUGCAGGGCAGAUGUUACUUGAAAACGAAGCAAGUGAUGGACGAGGGUAAGUAAACAUUAAAAAGAGGGAGAUCAGAAAGUAUCAACCCUUUCUUACGAUUAAUUUCAAAAAGGCCAACAGGUCUUUCUUUGUUCAACGUAAUGACACUGGAACAAAACUUACGCUGCAGCAUUCCUAUUUCGACAAUAAAACAUGCUGGACAUGUACUGGACAUAAUGUACAAUUUAUAACAACAAUCAUAACACAAAAGCUGAUACUCUUUGGAUAUAUCUUUUUCAAUCCGCAACUUUUUCUUUCCGGGUACAAAAAUUUCCACGUCCAACCGUAUCCGUAUUCAUAGCGAGUUUGCGCGCGACACGUAUCCGGAUUCACUCUAAGACCCAGCUAGGCCGGGUUAUUCAAAACAGGGUUAAUGCGAAAUUUGAUUUCAGAUAUGAAAGCUUGAGAAGCAAAUUCAGUUUUAUUCUUUUUGCCUACAAUUUGAUGAUUGGCUGCUCUAAAAUGUAGAGAGAAAAUUAUCCGGGAAAAUGCUUUUGAACAAAUAAAAGCAAAAGAAACCCGGGUUUAAUUUAAACCCUUGGUUAGCGCUAAUCGGCCAUUGAACAACUGGGCACUCCCCUGAUAAUAUGUAGAUUUAGUCAGGGCUAAAAGCGAAGCUCUCUUUAAUAUUUAUAGUUUACUCUAAAUAUAAAAUCAUAUAAUCCUAAAGAAACUGUGAAGACAAAAGAACGGUAAAAAACAACGACAAUAGAUCUAAUUAGCAAAAAAACAACUUUGCACGUGCAGCCCACUUUUUUCUAAUUAGCAAAAAAACAUCUUUGCACGUGCAGCACACUUUUUUCUAAUUAGCAAAAAAAAAAACUUUGCACGUGUAGCACACUUUUCCUUGCCGUUGCUUUGCACAAUUAAAACGUGAAACUUCCUAGUUACACCCAGACGUUUUGUGGAGGAAUUGUUGUAUUCCUGUUCAAUUUGGUUUUUCACUGCCGCUCAUUUUCACCUUGGUGGCCGCUAGCAUUUCUCAUUUUCACACCGCCGCUAUAAAAUUUUCAUGUUUUUCUUCCAGUUAUAUUGGUCUCAGUUGUUUUUUUUUAUUUCUCGCUCUAGCUCUUUCCCUGUUAUCUACGUUAAUGUAGACAUUAGGAUUUAGUCAAAAGAAAGACUAGUAGCAUUUCGGUUUUGUUUUUUGUUUUUGCUUUUUUUUUUCUCUCUCUCUAAAAGUCCGAGUGGCCAUGCGAUUUACCGCCGAAACGAGAGAGGUGCUUGAAAUGCAAAAUGUUACAUCAGCUUACAUGAAGGGACGGACGAUUACGUCACAACCAAAUUUUCUUAUCCAUGGUGCUCCGCGCGCAAGAGCUCCGCUGAUAUUGGCAACAGUGUACGCGUCGUACGCGUCGCAAAGAGCGCGAAAUUUGCGUCUGGCUCUAAAGAACUGGGCUCAAUCUUGUUACGUCACUGGCUAAAAAAGUAUCCGGAUUUAGUCGAUUUAGCGUCAAUACGAUCUCGGAUUCAUAGCGCAUUCAAAAAUCUUUACUCUGGAGAGCGGAUUCAAAAAGUGGCGGAUUUGUUUGCCAGAUUCACUGGAUACGUGUAGACGGAAGCCGUAUCAGGAGAGAAAAAGUUGCGGAUUCAAAAAUAGCCGGAUACGAGUGGACGUGGCUUUAGAGCAGCUUUAGAGAGGUGCCCUUGCCGGAGUGACCAUGUCCUGCGGCGUACGCCUUAUAAACGAUAGCUCAAAUACUACUUAACAGCAUGUAAAACCAUGUUAUGAAGAAGGUAGGAUGUAACAUCCCCCACGUACCCGACUAAUGAAAAAUGCGUGAAUUCCCAAACGCGAGAAAUUACGUGCUACAUAGUUUGAACUUUACAGCCUCUUAUUAUAUUAUUAUUUUUAGGUGUUCGCCUAAAAAGAGCGUCGUUUUCCUUAAGACGCACAAAACAGGCAGCAGUACGGUAACGAACAUUUUAAACCGGUUUGGAGACAAAAACAAUCUUGUAUUUGUUGUCCCAACUCAAAAAUACAACCGUCUUGGAUGGCCUUGGUUAUUUCAUGAAGAUUAUAUGAUUCACUAUAACCACACUAAACCCAACAUGCUUUGCAGUCAUGCGCGUUAUAACCGCGCAGUCCUGGAGCGGGUGAUGCCAAAUGACACGGUGUAUGUUACCAUCUUACGGGACCCAGUCAGGCAUUUUGAGUCCACUUUCUCAUACAUGGAGUUUAGCGAUAUAUUGGGAAUAUCAAAUGAAACAGAUCCUUUAGAGACGUUCUUCGACAGCCCAAAUGAUGUUUUAGUUAACUAUGUAUUGACGAAGGAUCUCAGAAUAAACAGCGAUCGCUUGAAACUCAUUCGAAAUGGUAUGUUCUUUGACCUGGGAAUGAAAAGUAAUGAUUUUGAUGACUCAGCAAAGAUUCAAGCAGCUAUUCAGAGACUCGACAAUGAAUUUGAUCUAGUGCUCUUGACAGAAUAUUUUGAAGAGUCUAUGGUGAUGUUGAAAAACCUUCUUUGCUGGAGUACAGAAGACAUGAUACACUUUAACCUUAAUCAAAGGCACCAAUCAGAAAGAAGAAAUAUUUCAUCUGAUCUGGCCAAAAAAAUUCAUCAAUGGAAUAGAGCCGAUACUGCCCUUUAUGAAUAUUUCAGGGACGUGUUUUUGCGGAAGUUAAACGAGCAAGACGAGGAUUUUUUUCGGGAUGUUAAUGAUCUGAAAAUAAACAAUGAAGUUAUGCGUGAUAUCUGUUUGGAGUCAGUCUCAGAAAACGAUGAAAGUUACCAAGAUACCGGUAUAAAGGGAUUUCACGCUCGUCAAAAUCUUACUGAGCCAUUAAAAACAACUUGCGAGAAAAUGACUUGGAAUGAAAUAAGAUACCUAGGUUAUUUUAGGUACAAACAGAAAAGGUUGCUUGCUACCACGAAACAAACAAACACACUCUGGGAAUAUUUUAAGCACUGGAUUCCUAAGUUGAACUAAAAGAUAAGUUGAAUCCAGCCAACGACAGACCUGAAAGCCUUGUAUAAAAAUUUGCCACUUUAAAAAAUAAAGUAAAGUUAAAAACCUUUUCUGUUUUAUAAAGCAAGUACACAGGUUUUAAUUAAGCUACUUAAAUUAAGUUUCUUUUAAAUAAAUGAUCAACUGUUAACAAAAUGACGGCAAAUGUUUAAUUCUGUCAGUUAUCAAAGUUUGAGGUGGAAGAGCAUGCGCAGUCGUUCACCACUUUACCGCCUUUUAAACCGGUUUUUUUGACAGGGGAACCCCAUCAUAUGACCACCUUGUUACAAGAUCUGUCCUGGUGAGAACCUCAUUUUCCUGCAAAACCAUUAAUCUUUACGUUUCCAUAUGUUCUCAAACAAUGAAACAUAAAACAUAGCGGUAAUGAGCACGAAAACAACUCUGCACGUGCUGCACACUUUCUGAUUACUAUACCUUUCUCUUGCCGUGCGUCCUGCAGCAACUACGAUGUGCAAUUCUUCAUUCCAAAGAGGACAUGAGCACACAGCGACAACAAUUUUUUAUUUCUCUGUUUAAACUUGAAAGUGCUCCCUAAAAUCAUCUCUACUGAGGAAAAGUCGUUCACCACUCAGCUCCACUCAUAACAAAUUUAGUGACGGGGAAUAAUUUUAAUGAUGUUUAAACGAACGCAAAGGCAUUUUGUUAUCACCGAACAUUUUCAAGUUUUCAUCGUCGUUUUUGGUAAGUUGAAACUUUGACAUUACCUGUUCUGUCGUCAAAAUCUUGCUGAGUUACAAAAUGAACGAAAGAGAGAGUGCUGUUUUAUACCCCGAUAUUUCGGAGUCUAAGAGUUUGUCGUUUCAGAAGCCUUGCAGCUCUUCGUGAUCAGAACCUUUGGACUCUUAUGGGUCGCAUUUGCACGAUGGGAUUUUACUGAACUUGAGAAAAACCAGCAAGAAAUCCCAGUGGAAAAAAUAUCAUAUGCUACAAAUGAAUCCCGCACCUUACCAGAUAGCGGAUAACUUUCAUGCCAGCACGAAAACCAUCCCGGAUAGGACUUUUGUUUACACAUAAGAACGGUGAUUUCAGCGCGAAGCAGCGCCUGGCCACGCUUUUCUCUAAAGUGAAGAAUUACAUAUCGGACAGGUGUUUACGCUGCGCCGGACAGCUUUUCGUGUAGGUACGAAAAUCUAUCCGCUCUCGGCUAAAUCAUGCCGCCUUUCCUCGAGGUAUCAGAUGAAGAAACUGUUUCAUCCAACAUCUCCGAUGUAUAAAAUUUCUAACUGUAAUCGCUUUACUUCUACGUAUAUUUGUGACGACAUUCUAUCUAGGGGCUUCAUUCAGUGGCCGCAGAAAAAGAAAGAUAAACUGUCCAAAAAUAUCAGGAAACCCGCACUGUUAGCCUUUUUUCUCUGCUGUUUUAAAGAUUAUUCUCGAUCGGUUUGUAAGGCUAGCUGAGCGAAAAGGCCUUAAAUUUCCUGGAAACUAUUAGUAUAAAGUUUGUCUAUAAUAAUAUUUUAUUAAGAAUUAAAGAAGGAACGUAAAGGUCGUUAAAAAGGGGGCUUUUUCUCUUUAACCUUCCAGCCCAUCCCGGUGGCUACAAGUGGAAAAUAUUUUCGCGCCAUUUUAACCCAGAGUUGGCGCGUGCUAUUUGUGGAUUGUUGAUUGGGUAAUAUCUGUCACGUGAUGCCUGAAUUAGUUCAACACUGGGUAAGUAAAAAUGUCGGAACAGACAGGGGAAAAGCGUCAAAUGAGCAAUAAGCAGAAAAUAUCGCUUUGCUCAACUACUGUUUUUACAACUUUGCUCUUUUCAUUAGUCAACGACUCCUUAGGUUCAUAUUUUAAAGGUAAGCUGGGGUAUUUCUGGACUUUUUGACGCUUUCUGCAUCUGUUCUUUUCAAAACUUAACACAGUUUUAGGUAUGGAUCAGCUGAUCGCUAAAAAAACUAGACUUCUUAAGCGAAAAACUGUAAGCUUUUAACCGUCAGCUCAUUACUAAAAUGCCAAUCCAUCUGUUACUUUUUCGUAUUUAUUUGCAUCUUAUUGAAUAAGAUUAAUGCAUGUUCAGUAAAAGCUGGACGUAUUUCUACCGUGUAAUAGGGUUUAUGGGUUAAUUUUGCCUAAAGUUUCUUGGUUUCGUGUUUUUCAAAAAGAAUUCGGCUUUCUUUAGUUUUUAGACUUGUAUGUUUUGCAUUAACGUAAGUAUAUUUUGUUAGGACUUAAUGAAGAGAAUUAAGCUUAAUUCCUUUCUAUGAACAAAGUUUAAAUACUGUUUUUUUUACCUAAAUGCAAAAUCCCACUUAAAAACAACAGCAUCAGAGUAAAUCAGUUUCUCCGUUUAUUUCCUUUGUUUUCAAUUCUACUGGUUUAAUAUAAUUAUUCGUGUCUACCAUCAACAAAAAAGGGCUAUUGGAGUAAAAUAGUUAUUCAACUGAUAACAUUAGUCUUAGAGCGCUUUCCAAAAGUCAGAACUGGCCAGCCUGACCAGUCAUUUUGAUAAAGAAAUGGGCUUUUUCAAAGAGUUGUUUUUAAAAGAAAACCAUCUCCUUUGUGGAUACUUUUCAGCAUUUGAAUAAGCUCGCUAGAUAUUCUUGAUUAAAAGUAAAAAUCUCGUUACGACCAGAAUGGACUGGCCGGUCAGUUCUGACAAAUAGAAAGCGCUCUUAGAAUAAUUAUUAGGAACAGUUGUCGUUUUUUAGGUUCACCACUUAUGAGAGAAUUUGUAGAUUAAAAUUACAAUAACUCCACCAACUGUGCCUCACAACCAGCCAGGACAGUGAACUUGACCUUAGCUUAAACAUGAAGGUUUUUUGAAAUAAGGUGAAAUCACUCUAUAUAUAAUACUGUGUUACGUUUUAUAUUUUAAGACUGUCAAGAUCCACUAAUCUCAAUUUCCAUAUGUUCUCAAACAAUGAAACAUAAAACAUAGCGGUGAAUAAAAUGAGCACGAAAACAACUCUGCACGUGCUGCACACUUUCUGAUUACUGUACAUUUCUCUUGCCGUGCGUCCUGCAGCAACUACGAUAUGCAAUUCUUCAUUCCAAAGAGGACAUGAGCACAAAGCGACAACAAUUUUUUCUUUCUCUGUUUAAACUUGAAAGUGCUCCGUAAAAUCACCUCUACUGAGGAAAAAUCGUUCACCACUCAGCUCUACUCAAAACAAAUUUAGUGAAGUGGAAUAAUUUUAAUGAUGUUAAAACGAACGCAAAGUCAUUUCGUUAUCAACAUUUUCACGUUUUCAUCGUCAUGUUUGGUAAGUUGAAACUUUGACAUUACCUGUUCUGUCGUCAAAAUCCUGCUGAGUUACAAAAUGAACGAAAGAGAGGGUGCUGUUCUAUACCGCGAUAUUUCAGAGUCUAAGAGUUUGUCGUUUCAGCUCUUCGAGAUCGGAACCUUUGGACUCUUAUAGUUCGUAUUUGUACGAUGGGAUGAGCAAAACCAGCGAGAUAUCCCAGUGGAAAAAAGCUUGUACGCUACAAAUGAAUCCACCUUACCGGAUGGCGGAUAACUUUUAUGCCAGCACGAAAACCAUCCCGGGCAGGACUUUUGUUUAUGUAAGAACGGUGAUUUCAGCGCGAGGCGGCGCCUGGCCGCGCGCUUAUCUCUAAUGUGAAGAAUGACAUAUCGGAUAGGUGUUUACGCUACGCCGGACAGCUUUUCGUGUAGGUACGAAAAUCUAUCCGCUAUCGGCUAAGUCAUGCCGUCUUUCCACAUGGUAUCAGAUAAAGAAACUGUUUCAUCCAAAAUCUCCGAUGUAUAAAAUUUCUAACUGUAAUCGCUUUACUUCUACCUAUAUUUGUGACAACAUUCUACUUCAGGCUUCAUUCAGUGGCCGCAGAAAAAAAAAGAUAAAAUGUCCAAAAAUAUCAGGAAACCCGCACUGUUAGCCUUGUUUCUUUGCUGUUUUAUAGAUUAUUCUCGACCGGUUUGUAAGGCUAGCUGAGCGAAAAGGCCUCAGGUUAAAUUUCCUGGGAAGUAUUAGUAUAAAGUUUGUCUAUAAUAAUAUUUUAUUAAGAAUUAAAGACGGAACGUAAAGGUCGUUAAAAGGGGGCUUUUUCUCUGUAACCUUCCCGCCCACCCCGGUGGCUACAAGUGGAAAGUAUUUUCGCGCCAUUUUAGCCCAGAGUUGGCGCGUGCUAUUUGUGGAUUUUGAUUGAGUAAUAUCUGUCACGUGAUGCCUGAAUUGGUUCAACACUGGGUAAGUAAAAAUGUCGGAACAGACAGGGGAAAAGCGGCGAACGAACAAUAAGCAGAAAAUAUCACUUUGCUCAACUACUGUUUUUACAAUUUUGCUCUUUUCAUUAGUCAACGACUCCUUAGGUUCUUAUUUUAAAGGUAAGCUGGGCUAUUUCUGGACUUUUUGACGCUUUCUGCAUCUGUUCUUUUCAAAACUUAACACAGUUUUAGGUAUGGAUUAGCUGAUCGCUAAAAAAACUAAACUUCUUAAACGAAAAACUGUAAGCUUUUAACCGUCAGCUCAUUACUAAAAUUGAAAUCCAUCUGUUACUUUUUCGUAUUUAUUUGCAUCUUAUUGAAUAAGAUUAAUGCAUGUUCAGUAAAAGCUGGACGUAUUUCUACCGAGUAAUAGGGUUUAUGAGUUAAUUUUCCUGAAGUUUCUUGGUUUCGUGUUUUUCAAAAAGAAUUCGGCUUUCUUUAGUUUUAAGACUUGUAGCUUUUGCAUUAGCAUAAGUAUAUUUUGUUAGAACUUGAUGAAGAGACGACAGCUUAAUUCCCCCCUAUAAACUAAAUUUUAAAUUAUUGUUUUUUUUUUACCUAAAUCCAAAAUCCCUUUAAAAAGCAACAGCAUCAGGGUAAAUCCAAGUUAUUCUUAUUAAUUUGGAGAGCAGUUCCUCCGUUCAUUUCCUUUGUUUUCAAUUCUACUGGUUUAAUAUAAUUAUUCGUGUCUACCAUCAACCAAAAAGGGCUAUUGGAGUAAAAUAGUUAUUCAACUGAUAACAUCAGUCUUAGAGCGCUUUCCAAAAGUCAGAACUGGCCGGCCUGACAAGUCAUUUUGAUAAUGAAAUAGGCUUUUUCAAAGAGUUCUUCUUAAAAGAAAACCAUCUCCUUUGUGGAUACUAUUCAGGAUUUGAAUAAUCUCGCUAGAUAUUCUUGAUUAAAAGUGAAAUUCUCGUUACGACCAGAAUGUACUGGCCAGUCAGUUCUGACAAAUGGAAAGCGCUCUUAGAAUAAUUAUUAGGAGCAGUUGUCGUUUUUUAGGUUCACCGCUUAUGAGAGAAUUUGUAGAUUAAAAUUACAAUAACUCCACCAACUGUACCACACAACCAGCCAGGACAGUGAACUUGACCUUAGCUUAAACAUGAAGGUUUUUUGAAAUAAGGUGAAAUCACUCUAUAUAUAAUACUGUGUUACGUUUUAUAUUUUAAGACUGUCAAGAUCCACUAAUCUCAGGUCAUGAGGACAAGUUUUUUUGGUUUACUGCAUCAUCAGUACACUCGAUGUCAGUUCAACCUAAACUGUCUGAUGGUUGGUGUCCUGUUGUCACAGAUGACAAUAGAGAAGAAUACGUAACGGUAAGAUCAACAAAAGUCUAUAGUUAAGUACUAAGUAAUAUUGAUUAUUUUUGGCCCAAAACAUAUAUGUGUGGGACUUAUCUAACUAACUGACCAUACCACAGAGACAACAACAUAUACUGAUUUGCAUAAAUUCUAUUUUUAGGUUGAUUUUCAGUUUAAAGUGGCUGUGACUGGUGUUGUUACACGAGGAUAUAAGAAUAACUGGGUAGAAGCCUACCAGAUGGAGUAUAGUGAUGAUUAUUUUAUCUGGAUUAGACUCUGGCCAGGAGAAGAUGUGGGCGGGGUAAGUUUGAUUUAGUCCUGGUACAAAUACUUUAUUGCAUGAAGAUUAGGUUAAGCAAGGUGUAGUCAAAAUCUAUAGGAUGUUCUCACAAGAGGUAAAUCCCAGGCAAAAAUCAAUUGCAGACGUUUGACUGAUACAAGCUCUUGCUGUUACGAGUUCUUAGUACUAAAAGGUAAUGUGCUGUGAUUACCAUACCCCCCCCCUCCCCCACCAGCGAGGCAUGAGUUUGAGAUCAUAUAGAAAAGAGAAGGAAGAUGCACGAAAAGAUGUAUCGUCGUCUUAUUGUAAUUAACAGCAAGUUAUAUUUAAAUUUUAAGUUUGUUUAAUGAUGUAUGACUCCGGGACAGUGGAACCUCGAGGUAACGAAGGGCCAAGGGACUGGCAAAAUUAGUUCGAUAUAACGAGGUCUCGUUAUUUCGAGGUUCUUUUUCGUAUAUUUUACCAUUACUGGAGUAAAGAAAAUCGCUCGUCAUACUGAGGACUUCGUUAUAUCGAGGUUCCACUGUAAGCUGAUUUUUGCCAACAGUUCUCAUCAACAUAAGUUUCAUUUUCCUUUGACAGUUAAAUCUUUGGGGCAACACAGACGCUGAAAGUUUUGUAAUCCACUGGUUUACUCAGCGCUGGAGAGCAAGGUAUUUCAGAAUCAUACCGAAAUGGUAUAAUGGCAGGCCGUGUUUGAGGUUUGAACUUUUUGGAUGUGAUGGAGGUUAGUAACGAUUCUUAUGUCGGCCUAGCUACUUGUACAGAAAAUCUAUUGGUUCAGACCUGAAAAUACUAUGGCCACUAUAUUCUUUAGCUAUAUAGGGUUUUACCAAAUUGACCCCGGCGGAUAAAUCACAAACUAGUAGACAAGUGGCAUGAAAACCAGCUGCUUUAUCCGCUGAAUUGACUUUUACCAAGUGGAUAGCCGCACUACAUCCACAUUUUGAACAAACAGGGCUAAAAGUCAAUGCUGCUCACCCUUUUUCAAAGCAAGACUCGACCCAUGUGAUUCCAUAGACCCUAAUAGGAAAAGACCUUGCUUGACUUGCUUAGUGGCCCUGAAAAAUAUAACGCUAAAUCCUUGGUUAUUUAUAAAGAUAGUUUGGUAAAAUUUGGUCAUUUCACGUCGCAGUUGUGCAGGGACGACCAUGAAAUUUACAAGUCAGAAGCAGAGUUGUUGUUUUGCUCAUUACACCUGUAGCUUUUUUAUGACGUUUCUGUUGUUUCCGUCGCCGUCUUAGAAGGGACCUUACAAUCCGGCAACGGCGACGUCCAUGAAAACGUUACUGCAAAAUAGACUCGGCAUCCUUUCAAACCAUUUCGCGAUUUUGCCAAGUCGCCCUGUUACUUACAAGAAGGGAAUUUAGGUUGGAACUGAAGAGAGGGGACCGCGCCCGAGCUCAGACAGAGAUGGUAGAAUUUAUUGUCUUGCCGUUCCCGUCCUCAAAAAAAAAUUAAAAUUUGGUCAUUCCACUUUGUAGUCGUUCUGGGUCGGCAAAGAAAUGUACAAAAAAGCGUAUGCAUGUGCAGAGUUGCUGUUUUGCUAACUAAGCCUAUUGCUUUUUGACGUUGCCGUUGCCGUUGUCGUCGUAGUUUAGUUAAGUCCCUAUUAUCUAAGGAGAACCAAUCCCUUCCUCCCCCCCGCAGGGCUUGCUUGGAAAAGCCAUGGGGACGAGGUUGAGGGAGAACCAAGGAGGUUUGAUUGAUCUUCAUCCUGAAAGCUAAACUGAGUCACUAUCGUUCUAUUUGCCACCAGGUUUGAGACAGGCUAUGGGAUUCAGUGAAGCAAAAUUUGGUCCCAGGAGUAGCAUGAUCCCACCAUCAUUAGGGAAUAUGUGGGAUAUAGGAUACAUUUACAAGGGUAUCGGCCAAAACCUUGGAUGGUCACCGGAGAAAUCAGGCGGUUGGAUUACCGACUUUGAUGUUUAUCUGGGGGCACUGCACGUGGUCAGUGGAUUUACUAUAGAAAAGUGUCCAUCAGUACGUCCUUGUUCGCCAUGGUAUGCGCUCUUCGGGACAAAAAACGUUACUCUUGCCAGCGACACCAGAUUUUCUGAAGAAAACUAUGUAUAUGAAGGGCCACGUAAUUGGAUCUGGUAUACUGCCGAAAGUGUGGUAAUUGUGGAAUGUAUUGUUGGGUAGAUAUUGAUAACCACUUAUUCUGAGUUGCUCUAUUCGCAGUUAUUGGUGUCACAGUGAGCUUGCGGCCCGUUACUGAUGUCCUGGGUUCUUAUUCAAAGCUCUCGGCCUGAUGACGAAUAGAGAGAAAGCAUUUCUAGUGAAAUCAACGGGGAAAGAGUUACUAAAUCCUUUGAUAAUGAUAUUUACAGUAAACGAGGCUCCGAAUCCUACGAUAGAAAACUUUUUUUUCACUUACAAUACCUUUACUUCACAUAAAAGACAAAUAAGACAGACUUGGGAAACAACUUUUUACACCAAUUACAGUCAGGUUUACCCUCACACUAGAAGAAGAAUAAAAGCUGUGUCUGGUUUGCACUUCAGACCAAACUAAGCGAAUAAAAUGGACGAUAAAGAAAAAAAAAUACUAAUUAUAAUGAUAAUACUAAUGAUAAAAAAGGGGGAAAUUUCAAUGUAACAAAAAUAAAUCUAGGCUGCAAUAUCACAAGAUAAAAGAAAAAAAGAUUCAUGCCUUCGCUGAAGGAUAGGAAACUUAUGAGUAUACACAGGAAGGGAGGCCAUGGAAAUAUUUUGUCGAGUUCCAACACUGAACUUGGACGCCGCCAGCGAGCUCCCCGCGAUCAACCGGGACGAUUUGUCACGGGAUUCACAGCUUAAAUCGCUCGAAAAAAACUUCCAACUCCAUCACUUUAAAAAAAUUCCAUGAUGGAAUCAAAAGCUUGUAUGCUAACAAAUCCCCCCAUGAUCCUAGGAUUCGAAACCUCAUUUACUUUAAAAUUUUUAGUGAUUUAUAUUUAUAAUUAUAUAUGGAUCUUUCUUAUUUGUUUUCUACCAUUUCAGCGCUAUCCAGUUAUAGAACAAUUGGAAGCAACUGGCCAGAGAUCAGUGACUUACCUCUUUGAACCUGGUUUUGGCAAUGUUAUCAGUUUUAUGAUAGGUCAUUUUGAAACAUCUCCAAGGACUGACCCGAAACUGGCCGAUCUUUGUCGUGACAUUAGCUACGAUUUUUGUUUUCGAGUGGAGGUUUAUGGAAAAGACUUGGGUUUGUACAUACGUGCACUUAAAGCUGUGUGAAAUAAGGAAGAUAUAUAUACUCCCUCUAAUCAAUAGUAAACACGGCAUUUCAUCGCAAUCUGCUGGAAGAGAAAUGUACUCCAUGGCCUAAUUCCAUUAAGUAAAAAGUUGAAAUGACACUCGUUGAAACUUGUGAAAACUCUACUUUCGUGCCUUUUUUGACUAGAUAUGUUUUUGCUUAUGCAAGCACAACGGCGAUAGUAACAAAAUGUCGAAAACUAAAAUUGUCUAAGUAAAGCAAAACAACAAUGUCACUCGUGCAUCAAACGUUUUGGUACAUUUUGUUUUCGUUACUGUACGACUUCGACGUAACUCUCGAAGGUAGACGUAUUCAAAGAAUGAGGCAUAAACACAUUACUACGUUUCUUUUAUUUGUUUGUUUGUUUGUUUAUUCUGUUUUUGCUUUCACUCUCUUAACUUGCACACGCUACCUAAAAGGGUUAUUCGACCGCAUUUGACAAAUAUUGAACACUUUUCCCCAAACUGUGUUUCGCGCAUUGUUUAUGUCCUUCUAAAAGUUAUUGCUGUCCUUUUCUUUUCAGAAUGUAAAGCGCCUCUUGGGGUGGAGCGGAGCAAUAUUCAUCCGCAUGGUGCAGUUCAAGAUGACCAAAUGACUGCAACAUCAUUUGAUAUAAUGUAUCCUGCACACUAUGGUCGACGUGAUGAUUAUCUAGGAUGGUGUCCUAGUUCAGCCAUCAUGGAAGACCCAGUAGCUGCCAAAUCACAGUACCUUCAAAUAGACUUCAUCAAAGUCAAAAGAAUCACGGCUAUCUUAACCCAGGGAUUAUUCUGGCUUAACAGUUCUGUGACGACGAAAUACUAUCUCUACUAUGCAGUUGAUCUUAGUGCAUUCCAUAUUUUACGUCAUGGACCAAAAAAAAUGGUAAGAGACAUUAAAAUCUUUUCUUUUUGCAGUGUUCUUCUGACUUAGUUUAUACUUUAAUGCAUUGAACUCUUUCUAAGAAGGACACCACAGCCAGGAUAGUGUCAGGACUUUGAAAGAGACUGCAUGACACACUCCAAGAGAAGGUUGACAUGGAUAAUUAUUUACAUAAAUUUCAACAAAGUUGAAAUAUAUGUUGCGGUUGAUUUUUUAUUUCAAGUAAUUUUUAUUCUUCCCUUGUUUCAAAUUCAUUAGCAUACUUACGAUACCCAAAAACAAUCUAAAACAGCCUCUAAAUUUAGUUUUAAGGCUCAUUUAUUACGGACAGGAGAUAAGGGACACUAGGACACUUGGUCCCGGUUCUUACGGUGUCGUUUUUAGAGCCUAUCUCCGCAACAUUUACUUGUUUGACCUUUACAUAGAGCGAUUUUUGUAUGGCCUUGAAAUGAAAACGCGCGAACGAAACAUAAACAACAAACAAACUGAAAUAGAGUGAUUUGAUUGGUUUAUCGAACAGAUACAAACGCUCGUGGCUUUUGGUUUGUUAAGCAAACGCUCAGGUCGAAAAACGUCAUGUCCGAGAACUUUCUAGAAAUCAACUGAUACUUCGGUUUGAUGUCAUGCUGCAACACGAUUGGCCAAUCGAACAAUGCCUUCUCUUUAUUAGGGUUUCUUUGGCGGAAAAGCGAAGAGUCCAUGUUUUGUUUUUCUCACCCAUUGGUUGAUAACUUAAAAACAAAAUAACGAACACUUACCGAAAUCGUUUUUGAAGGUCAUACGCUAACCCUUUCAUAAACUCUUCUAUGUUUUGACCAGCUGUUACAGGGAUAUGUUGGCAAUUCUGAAGAUCACACCAUCUGGUUUGAUCCUGCAAUUAACGCCCGCUACGUGCGUUUAAAUCCACAAGACUGGUUCAACAAACCCUGUUUACGAGUGGAAGCGUUUGGAUGUGAUGCACUGGGUAAGUGCAGAAGACGGCAACCAAAAGAAAUUAUCACCCACUGGUAGCACGCACAUUCUCCACACUGUGACUACUGCACUGAUAACGUGAUAGUUUUAACAAUUUUUUCAGACGCGCUUCUCAUCCGUUCACCAUUUUGUUGAAUACCGAGUACUCAAAAACUGCUAGGUUGGCACUACGUUGUCUUGUAUGACGUCAACGAUGGUAUUUUUGCAUUAUACAGUCACUGAAAUCUUAUUGACUGACGUCAGUGAUGGUAUAAUUGGUCAGCGCCAGAUGGUUAAGAAGACAACAACCUGGGAACCAAAGCCGACCAGAAACGGAGAAAUACUCUGAAUGAAUACAAAUAAAUAAUAUUCUAAACAAGACAAAAAUAAGUCAACUUAUAUUUCUUUUAAACCGUUUCUAGAAACGAUCUUCCACGUAUACAUAAUUAAAAAUUAAUAUUUUAGUUAUUUAUAACAUAAAACAGACGAAAUUAGUACACCUACCUGAACGAUAGAGUAAGGUCAAAAUAAGUAAGCAAUUGUAUACUGAAGAAACGUAAUUUUGUUUAUAGAUUGUUUUCUUGAUAUGUAUUAUCAUUUUCAAUGUUAGAAGAUUUUCGAGGUAGCCCUUGGCUGUUUUAUAUUCUGACAUCAAACGAACCUAAUGCUUUCACUAUGCAGAAUGUUACUCCCCCCUUGGGAUGGAACAUGGCAUCAUACAGGACUUUCAGAUUUCCGCAUCAAGAUAUACAGCUGCAGACGACAAAAACUGA